UCAAUAUUGGGAAAUAGUAGUUCCACUAUCCAAGUCCAAUUCACCCAUUCUCCGUCUCUCUCUUAGUGUACACGCAGCCACCAAUAUGUAAAUUUGAAUGACUUAACCCAAAAAAAAAAAAAAGGAAUUUGAAUGAGUGACGUCUGACGAGCACAAAGCUCGAGCCGUCGACACAACACAAGACACUAUUACUGCCCAUUAGGGUUUAUCGUUGACAUUUUGCAGCUUCACUCAUUGCAGCUUCACUCAGAGCAGUUUUUCUUCUUCAUCAGAACAUGCCUCUAACUCACAAUAUCUCCUCUUCAGUCAUCUCUUCUUCUUCCUCUGCUUUUCUGGUUCCGGAUAAAAUAAAAUCCAGAACGCUGAACGUUUCGAUUCAAGCUAAACGCAUUGAUGUCUGCAAAUGUGUUGCGACGCCUCAAGAGGAGCAAAUGGCUUACAAGACAAAAGUUUCACGCAAUGCAAAUAUUGCCAAACUUCAAGCUGGUUACCUGUUUCCAGAGAUUGCCAGAAGAAAGGCUGCACACUUGCUAAAAUACCCAGAUGCACAAGUGAUUAGCCUUGGAAUUGGUGACACCACUGAGCCAAUCCCAGAAGUUAUAACUUCUACAAUGGCAAAGAGGUCUUACGCCCUGUCGACUGUAGAGGGUUACACUGGUUAUGGACCUGAGCAAGGAGAAAAACCAUUGAGAGCUGCAAUUGCUUCAGCAUUUUAUGAGGAUCUUAGCAUCGAGGAAGAUGACAUAUUUGUUUCGGACGGUGCAAAAUGUGACAUAUCUCGUCUUCAGAUUGUUUUUGGUUCUGAUGUUACCAUAGCGGUUCAAGAUCCAUCAUACCCGGCUUAUGUAGACUCAAGUGUUAUUAUGGGCCAGACUGGAGUGUUUCAAAAGAAUGUGGAGAAGUUUGGAAAAAUUGAAUACAUGAAAUGUUCUCCAGAGAAUGGUUUCUUCCCUGAUUUAUCAACUAUUGGUCGGACAGAUAUCAUAUUCUUUUGUUCACCAAAUAAUCCUACUGGUGCUGUUGCAACUAGGGAGCAACUGACCCAAUUGGUUAAGUUUGCCAAGGACAAUGGGUCAAUCAUUGUUUAUGACUCUGCAUAUGCCAUGUAUAUAUCAGAUGAUAAACCACGAUCAAUCUUUGAAAUUCCAGGAGCCAAAGAGGUUGCUAUUGAGACCUCAUCCUUUAGCAAGUAUGCUGGCUUCACUGGAGUCCGUCUGGGUUGGACUGUGGUUCCAAAACAGCUUUUAUUUUCCAAUGGAUUUCCUGUUGCCAGGGACUUCAACAGAAUUGUUUGCACUUGCUUUAAUGGUGCAUCUAAUAUCUCUCAAGCUGGUGGUUUGGCUUGUCUUUCACCAGAAGGCCUUGGGGCUAUGCGUGAGGUGAUUGGUUUCUACAAAGAAAAUACCAAAAUCAUCAUGGAUACCUUUACUUCACUUGGUUUUAAUGUAUACGGAGGUAAAAAUGCACCAUAUGUGUGGGUUCAUUUCCCUGGCCGAAGCUCAUGGGAUGUGUUCAGCGAGAUUCUUGAGAAAACCCACGUGGUUACAACGCCUGGUAGCGGUUUUGGACCGGGUGGUGAAGGUUUUGUCAGGGUUAGUGCCUUCGGCCACAGACAGAACGUCCUAGAAGCCUGCAAAAGGUUCAAGCAAUUGUACAAGUGAUCAAGGUACCUGAGCAGUUUGACUCCACGAAGAUAGAUGCCGAAUGGGUUAGCAUAAUUAGUGAAAUUAUUAUCUUCCUUUUUGGCAGUGUAGAUUGCAUUGAAAACGUUACAAAAUUGUUAAAAAGGAAUUGAAGUCUGGGAUAAUUUUCUAGUUGGGAUAAUUGGAAUUUCUGCAAUUUGGUUUUAAAUAAACAAGGCCAAAACUCUUCAUAUAAACCAACCUUUAAACUUCAUUCA